CGGCUAUUUCGCAUUUUCAAAAAAAGCAAAAAACCACCAAAUCCUCCAUUCAUAAUUUUCUAAAAUUUAUUUCCUAACGCUCACAUUCUGCUUCAAAUCACUCUACAAUCCUACUUUUCUCUCUUUCUUUAAUCAUUUACGAAUUUGUUGUAUCUGCAAUUGUUGAAAGCGAUUUAAGUAGGUUAAUUAGGCAAUGGAUCUUGGGUGCCUCGACUUGGGUUGCAUCUCUGUUUCAGAUAAGCACAGUACUGAUACUGGAAAUUGCGAUUCCCGAGAAAAUUCGACUUCAGCUACCAAGUCUGCAAAGUGCAGAAUAAAUCGCCAAGAGGGACUGGACAGUCAACAUUGAAUGCCCUAAAUAAAUUUACAUCACAAAUUAAGAAGCCCCCUCAUCGUAAGAGUUCUCCUAUCAACUGGUUCCCACGCAAAAAGGUGGACUCCUAUUUAAAGAGGAAAAUCAAAAUGCUGCAGGAAAAAGAUGGCAUGAAUUUAACUCUGGAUGAGACACUAGGCGACUCUAAUCCACAUUAUUCAAGAGUCUUGAGAGAAAAAAUUGCAGCAAGGGAGGCUGCACACACUGCAAUGGAGGCUAGAAAAGCUGCAUUGGUGGAAGCAUCUUGGUGUAGAAUACUUCGGGCAGCCAGGAUCCAGAGCAAAGAAGCAGAAGCUCUCUUGCUAAAGGCAGAGGAAACUGCAGCUGAAGCUUUUGAAGCAGCAACAGCUUUGGGGGUGAUCAUGUAUGAUAUGCCAAAUUGUCCUCGGAAGCCUAGUCGAAUUGAAACAUCUACAGCUAAUGGAGGGAGAUCUACCACUCAUACUGUCACAGCAUCUUUUGAAACAGAAUUUGAUGUAGAUAAAGAAGUAGCUGCAGCAGUUAAAACUGCAUUUAUUAGGCUUGCAAGUUGUCCUUCUUUUGACAAAGAUGAAUUCAAAGAGCUAUUCUGCAAAAUUAGACAGAAUCCAGAUAUUGUUUUUGAUAAUAACCAGGAACUAUCAGACUUUUCUUCUUCAGAAGAUGAAUCAGAUUCAGGACCAGAACAUGAAACCGACGUAGAUUGUAAAUUGCCAACUCUAGACACAAGACAAAGGAAAAAGAUAAGGCAGUCUAUCGAGAAGCCUAAUAUUGUCGAUAUGAUGCUUGAGAGGCUUAGAUGUUUGAAAGAAGAUGAACUUUCUUCUUUGGCCACUAUAGUGGCAACUUGUGGUCUAAAUGCUGCCUUAGCAGAAGUGGAAAGCAGUAAGCUGCAUGAUCAGGACUCUUCUGCUGAUUAUACUUCAAGCUUUAAGAUGCCUCGUAGAAUGUCUUCUGUGUGUGCAGGAACAAUUAGAUAUUCCAAUCUUGAGCAGAUAAGAAAGAAGCAAUUUGAAUCAGAACUCCCAAGUUUAGACAAGUUUUUGGUUAAGCACAUGUCAAAACUUGAAAGAGAGGUGCAAGAAGCUAAGAACAGCAAGAAAAAUGGAUCUUUUGAAGGAAAUCCCAAGAAUGAUAAAAUUGACUACGAAAAUUCUAUUCCUGAUUUAGGAAUUAUUCUUGUGAAGCAUUCCUCUAAGUUUGAGAAGGAGAUUGAAGAGGCGAAGAAGAACUCACGGAAAGAUUUUGAAAUUGUUCCGAAGAAACCAGCCAGUGACCUCACUUCAUCAGAGUCCAUUCCUGACCUUGGCAGUAUACUUAUAAAGCAUUCAUCAAAGCUUGAAAAGGAAGUUGAAGAGAUAAGAGGGAAAUCUGAAAAGGCAGUUAAUAGAGUUUUCAGUCAAAGAAAAGAUGUUCCAGAAGUCCCAAGUCUGGAUAAGUUUCUGGUAAAACAUGUUUCAAGACUUGAAAGAGAGGUCCAAGAAGCAAAGACGAAUUCUUCUGAUAGAGAUAUUGCAGAAAAGGAAAAUGUUGACUCGAACAAAGCACAGGAUAGAAAAUCUAAAAUGGAUAAAAAGGUGGGAAAUAAUGAGACAGGAGAUAGCCUAAGCUUGGACAAAAUCUUGGUAAAGCCAGUGCAUAGACUAGAAAGGGAGAAAAUGCAAGCCUUGUCAUUGAGAGGCAACCAAAAACACCAAAAUAAAAACGCAGGAAACACUGCUACACAUUGUGAAAGCUUGGACAAAGUUUUAGUGAAGCAUGUAUCUAGACUAGAGAAGGAGAAAAUGGAGUUCAGUUUGAAGGAAGAAGAGGUGAAAAGGGAGAAAACAAGUUGCAGAAAUGUGCAUAUGCAGAUGAAUAAAGAAGGUGGACUGGACCAAGUUUUGGUUAAACAUAAAUCAAAACUUGAAAGAGAGAAGAUACCGGCUUUAUCUUCUCAGCAAGGGGAAAACCAGAGAGGACUCUCUGUGUCUCGUAGAGAAGCAAGAGAUAGAGAGUUGCAAGAAACAUGGGGAGGAUUAAGUUUAGGGAACUCUAUCAAGCCACAUCUCUCCAAACUUGAAAAGGACAAGGCUGCUUGGAUAAAAGCUGAAGAAGAGGAAAGAAAAAGGUGUGCUAUAGGAGAGGGAAUGUAAUUUCUGAACUUUUGCUAUGUCUCAAAUUCCUUGUUGAUUCUCUCUUGAAUCUUCUUUUGCACAAUUGUAUGUAUCUUUGGAGAGAAGUUUAUUGUUCUUGCUUGGCAUGCCUUUUGGUGCCUAUGAAACGAGUUCUUAGUGUUUCUUUCGGCAAGUGUAAAUGUUGGCGACCAUAACUUAUUCAAUACAUUGGCUAAGGCACGUUAUGGCUAA